GCUAAAGGGCGGCGUAACUCUCAGAACUAAAACCAAAUCAGAAAAGAUAUUUUUCAGUCUACCACCACUUUUACUUCGCGAUUCAGAUCUUGGCGAUAACCUCAGUAGGGUUCUUGCGAUAGGCUAGGGUUUUCUGUUAUUAUCGAGAAAAGGUUCUUCCUUUAUCCGUAAUUCACUGUUGGGUUGGGUGUCUUCUUAGCUGGGAAUUCACAUCCAUGGGUAGACACGGUAGUUCCUCCGAGGAAGAAGAGAGAGUGAGAAGGGUGGAUAGAAGAAGAAGAGAGAGAAGCCCAGAUGGUAGGCGUUCGAGGAUGGAGAGUGAAGAUGUGGAUCGUCGGGUUAGGGUUUCUGGCGAUGAUGACCAUAAAAGCUCGCGAAGAGAUCUCGAGAUUGGUGGUGUAGCAGAUGGGGAUGACCGAAAGCCGAAGCGUGACGGGAAAGGACGAGAGAGGAGCCGUGGAGAUAAGGCGAGAGCUGAUACCUCUUCCGACGAGGAAUCAGCCAGGCGGUCGAGAAGGGAUCGAAGAGAAGUGGACUCUGGCUCUGACGAUGACAAAGAGAGAGAUGGAGGUAAAAGAAUGGAUGCAGAUGGUGAGAGGAGGGUAAGCAAAGGAAGAAGCAGGGAUAGAGUUAGAGCAGACACUUCUUCUGAUGAAGAUGGUGAUUUGAAGGGGAACAAAAGGGGAACCGAAGAGGUUAAGGAUGACGACGAGAUGAGAAGCAGUGAGAGAAUCCCCAAAGACAUGGAGAAGCAUGAUAGAGAGAGGGGUCAUAGGGGUGGUAGAGUCAUAGCAGAUAAACCUUCCGAUGAAGAAGAUGAUAGGCGGAAGAGCAGGGGAGGUAGGCGAGAAAGCGAGAGGAAACGCAGAGAUCAUCAAGCAUCUGACGACGAUGAAGAAGGUGAGAUUAAGAGCGACAGAAGAAGAAAAGAGAGGACUGAUAGAGGUGAUGAAGGCCUCCUAAAGAGGGAUCGGAGGGAGAGAGACUUGUCUGAUGGGCUUGAGAUCGGGAACCGUCGGAGAGAUGCUGAAAGGAGGGAUGGGCAUCGGAAGGAUGAUAGAGUUAGAGAUGAAAAGGAGAGGAGACACAGUGAUAGAUAUGAUGAUAGCCAGAGAGACAAGUUGAGAAAGGAAGAGGCGAGUGUAGUUGCAAAGCCAAAGUUGCCAGAACUCAAUCCUUCUGAUAACAAUGCCAUGACUUUGGGAAAAACUGGUGGAGUUUAUAUUCCUCCGUUCAAGCUAGCACGCAUGAUGAAGGAGGUGGAAGACAAGAGCAGUGUAGAGUAUCAACGUCUUACAUGGGACGCUCUUCGUAAAAGUAUCAAUGGGCUGGUGAAUAAGGUCAAUGCAAGCAACAUCAAGAACAUAAUCCCUGAACUGUUUGCGGAAAAUCUCAUCAGAGGAAGGGGACUUUUCUGUCGGUCAUGUAUGAAGUCACAAAUGGCAUCUCCUGGAUUCACUGAUGUCUUUGCAGCGUUAGUCGCUGUUAUUAACGCCAAAUUCCCUGAAGUUGCUGAACUUCUAUUGAAAAGGGUCAUUUUGCAGCUAAAGAGAGCGUAUAAGCGUAAUGACAAGCCUCAAUUGCUCGCUGCUGUAAAAUUUAUUGCACAUCUAGUAAACCAGCAAGUCGCUGAGGAGAUCAUUGCUCUUCAAUUAGUCGCUAUACUUCUGGAUAUCCCGACUGAUGACAGUGUCGAGGUGGCUGUUGGGUUUGUGACAGAGUGUGGUGCGAUGCUUCAGGAAUUUACACCAAAAGGAGUGCAUGGAAUUUUUGAGCGGUUUCGAGGUAUACUGCACGAGGGAGAGAUAGAUAAGAGAGUUCAGUAUUUGAUUGAAGGGCUCUUUGCUAUUAGGAAGGCGAACUUUCAGGGACAUCCAGCUGUUCGUCCUGAGUUAGAUCUUGUGGAAGAAAAAUAUUCGCACGAUAUAUCCAUUGAUGACCAAAUAGAUCCUGAAACUUCUCUUGAUGUUUUCAAACCUGAUCCUGACUUCCUUGAGAACGAAAAGAAAUACGAGGCCCUGAAGAAGGAGUUACUCGGUGAGGAUGAGUCUGAGGAUGAAGAUGGAUCUGAUGCUAGUUCAGAGGACAAUGAUGAGGAGGAAGAUGAGUCUGAUGAAGAAGAUGAAGAACAGAUGAGAAUAAGAGACGAGACAGAGACUAACCUUGUUAAUCUUAGGAGGACAAUAUACCUGACCAUAAUGUCCAGCGUUGAUUUUGAGGAAGCAGGUCACAAGUUGCUUAAAAUUAAACUUGAACCAGGUCAAGAGAUGGAACUAUGCAUAAUGCUCCUGGAAUGUUGCUCUCAGGAGAGAACAUAUCUGCGCUACUACGGUUUGUUGGGCCAGCGUUUCUGUAUGAUCAACAAAAUUCAUCAAGAGAAUUUUGAGAAAUGUUUUGUGCAGCAGUAUUCCAUGAUCCAUCGUCUCGAGACGAACAAGUUGCGUAAUGUGGCCAAGUUCUUCGCCCAUUUAUUGGGCACAGAUGCACUUCCCUGGCAUGUGCUUGCCUACAUUCGGUUAACCGAGGAGGACACAACUUCCUCAUCUCGUAUCUUUAUUAAGAUCCUUUUUCAGGAAUUGUCAGAACACUUGGGGAUAAGGCUGCUUAACGAGAGGCUUCAGGAUCCAACAAUGCAGGAAUCACUCGAGUCCAUAUUCCCUAAAGAUAAUCCGAAGAACACGAGGUUUGCAAUCAACUUCUUUACUUCGAUUGGUCUUGGAGGCAUCACAGAGAAUCUCAGAGAGUACCUGAAGAACAUGCCACGCCUGAUCAUGCAACAACAGAAGCAAGUUGCGGAAUCAGAAUCAGGAUCAUCGUCUGGAUCUGACAGUUCUAGUUCCGAGUCUGAUUCUGAGUCGUCUUCUUCUAGUUCGGAUGAAAGCGACAGAGAGAAGAGGAAGCGAAGAAGAAGGGCUUGAGAGGCUGUUUUGUUUCAAUUCUACCAAAAUUCUUCAAAUUUUCAAAUCUUGUGUUGGUUAUUCAACUUGACUUUACAUAGGCAAUUAUGGUUGUGAACUGGAAUGUUUAUUUUUGUUUGUUAUGUACUUGUUCUUCAAGUUUAAAUGAUGCUUUUCAUUGAAUUACGAUCCGAUUUUUUUAUAGAAAAGUACCAUACAAUCGUCUGUGUUG